AGCACUUCUUAACCUAGUGGACUGGGUCAGAGAGGAGGGGCUGGAGUUAGUCUGGGUCCUAAGGAUUUUAACCUUCCCCCUGCUGAGUGCUGGUCCUGCUGACCUUGCUUGGCCCCCAGGCCAGUGGGGGUUUUAAACUGCAUUCAGAGGAACCCCUUAGUGCCAGGUCCCUAGGGGGCUGGUUUUAAUCCUGAAGGGUUUGCCCUCAAGGGAGGGUAAUAGGGCAGGGAGCAGAAAUUGUCUGAUUACACCUCAAAACUUCCCCACCCUCAAGGAAGCUGCCUAAAGGCCCAGCCUGGGAACAGCUGAGUGAAAGCAGGAGAGCCCUGGGACCCUGCCCUUGCUAGGGAGAAAGAGCUUGCCUUUGUGGGGGGAGGGGGAGAAGAAUGCUUCCCCCUACUCUGUGGCUCCCAUAGCACCAGCCCUCUAGAGUUCCCUGCCCACCACCUAGCCACAGUCUGCUGCCCACCCCUUAGCCAUGAUUGCAGUGGGUCCUCUCUGCUCCCUUGGGAGCUUGUUCCUCUUGGCUGCACUGCUCCCUCUGGAGCUGAGUAUGGGGGAAGAAGGGAAGGAGCCAGCUGCCCUGAGUGCCCUGGCUAGGGUGCCCUCCUUGCCCCUCAUCCAGGUGCUGCUGGAGCAGGUCCCCAGUGUCUGGCCCUGCUGCCACCGGAAGCAGCUGACCAGCAGGCAACCGCUGCAUUACAUGCUCAACCUGUACCAGAAUGUGGCAGACCGGGCUGGGCGACCUCGCCAGAACCGUAAGCUGGGUGCCAAUGCUGUGCGCCUGGUCAGGCCCUUUACCAAGACAAGGCAGCCUGGGGCAGGUCCCUGGUACAUGCAGACUCUUGACUACCACCUGAAUGUCCAGCCAGGAAUGGAACAUCUGGUGAGAGCCACUGUGGUUUAUUCGAAGACUCUGCUGCUGGCUCAUGCCCAGCUCUUUUGUGUGGUUCAGUUGGAUGGGGAGGCUGGGGUUCCAAAGCUCUCACCCCCUCGAAGAGGCAAGAGGAAUGCCCUUGUCUCCUCUAGGAUGGACAGCUGGGAGGAGAGGGACAUCACCUCCCACUCUUUGCCCUGGGCCUGGGACUCCAAGAAGAGCCAGCUGCUCCGCCUUAGUCAUGUGUGUAUCCGGCUGGGACCAGCUGAUGGCUCAGAGCCUGAAGUUGGCUGGGAGAAGACUGCUUCCUUGAAUGACCCUUUCCUGUUGCUCUACCUCAAUGACACUCGGAAAGGCUUCCAGGCCAAGAUGGGGAAAGCUGGGUUGAAGGAGACUCCUGAUGGGCCAGUGCUGAGUCGCAAAGCUCGCCAGGCAGGCAACCUCAUUCUGGAUCUCCCCAGCUACUCGCAGAAGACCAGCGCUGAGAAGGAUGAGUGUGCUCUCCGCUCCUUCCGGGUCAGCUUCAACCAGCUGGGCUGGGACCACUGGAUCAUAGCCCCCCACCGGUACAACCCCAAGUACUGCAAGGGCACAUGCCCCCGCAUCCUGCGCUAUGGCUACAAUUCCCCCAACCAUGCCAUUGUGCAGAACUUCAUCAACCAGCUGGUGGACCAGAGCGUCCCCCGACCCUCCUGUGUGCCCUACAAGUAUAGCCCCAUCAGCGUGCUGAUGAUCGAGCCUAGUGGCAGCAUCCUCUACAAAGAAUAUGAAGACAUGAUAGCAGAGUCCUGCACCUGUAGAUAAAGCCCUCCGCAUUUGAACCAUUCAUCAUGUCUAACAACCAUCAGUGCUUGCAUGAAGACAUGGUGAUCCUUCACCCGGCCUCCCCACAUCAACUCAGUCUCUGGUGAACCAGAUGCCCAGCUGUCUGAAUUAGUUAGCUCAAUGUGCCUCUAAAUUUUUUUUGCAUUUUUGACAGCCCCCUCCACACACACAAAAGGAUCUGGGUUUUUAAGAAAGGUUGUCCAACUUUUUUUUUUUUUUUUUUUUGCUUGGUCCUCCGCCUCCACCCUCCAUUGCACAAUGGACACUGGCCUCUGCUGGGACAUUUUACAAAUGGAUUUUUAUGCAAAUAUUGUGGAAUAGCAGUUUUUAAAGGGAAGAGUUUGCUGGGCCUUGUACUAAAGGACUGCCACUCUGUAUCUUCUCCUUGGGGCACUCCUCUUCCUGCUAGGGAGCUUCAUUCUUCCAUCCAGUCCCCAUAACCAGUCAAAUGGCUCAACCUUUGGGAGGGAGGUGAGAUGGACUGGCAUCUGGAGAACAUGCUAAUUGUCAUGCCAUCUGGGUUUUGUCUGAUGCUGUUUGAGCUUCCACUUGUGAAGUAGAACUGGGUCCAUCUUGUAUGAAGAGACUGCUCCAUUUGAGAACAGCUACGUGGCCAGGUGGGAACUGGGCAUGGCUCCAACACACUAAGGGGCCAUGGAGAAGGUGGCAAUGUGCUUAUCGGAACUCUCUAGAGGACUAGUAGCUAGGCUGGAGUUGUGGGUGAGAUCUGGAGCUUGGGCUUCUUCUACUGAAGAUUUUGGUGCAGGGAAGCUAAAUCUUCUGCAGGCAAAUGGAACCUAAAAUGAGUGGAGCAGGGAGUGAUAACACCAAUUGGUUCUAGUGCUCAAAGGCUUCCCCCUAUGGGUCAACGUCUCCCUCUCACCAGUGCUGACUUGGGUUCUGUGUGGGCCCUUCACUUUAAGGGCUUCCAUAUACUUAAUUGGAAUUUAUGCUUGCACUGUCCUGUGACUUCUGUAUCUGCUCUGUCUCUCUCCACCCUCCCCCCAUCUCCCCCACCCCAGCUCUGGUGUUAGCCACUAAUCCCAGUAGAUAGCAUGUACGCUUGACCUGUCCAAAUAAAUACCUUUGUAGUCAGCAUCAGUAGCUUGUUGGUCUGUGUGAGAUAGGGACUGGCCAGAGGGCUCUAGAGACAAUGCAUGGGGGGAGUGCAGGAUCUGGAAAGUCACUUUCUCAAAGCCCUGUGUCCUUCUGGGCCAUGGCUUGGGGGGAAGGGUGGUUUUUACAAGACCUUCUCUAGGAACAGAAAAGAACACUUCAAGUGAAGCGCUAAACUUUUUCUUUUUUUUAAAGCUUAAAAAGGCAACUCCCUGCAAGGCCUGAUGGAGUUGUGAUGCAACUCAUCUCCUAGCACGAGGGCCCAGUCACGCAAGGCCUCCAGCAAGUUCUGGCUAAUCCCCUGUCACUGGGAUCUCUAGUAAAUUGCCCACCUUUACUAGACACUUGUGUUUUAGACUCUCUUGGAACUACCCGAAACCCAUAACUCCCCCAGAUCAACUUGGAUGAGAUUUUAGUCUUUAAUGCAACCUUUUUUUUCCUUUUCUUUCCCUUUGGCUCAAAGCACCUUAGAAGCAGAGUCCAGAGACCUUUCUCCUAGUCUUUCCUCUUUGCCUAUUGCUGCACCAACCUGAGUGUCCCCCAGUUCCACUGAACCCUGGUUACACUGCUGCGUGGCUUUCACUUUCUCUUCUGUGAAUGGAUUGUAGCCUGCCAUAAUCUAAUGAAUUCCUGUUACAGCCUGGAUCUUUUCUAUUUAUUAUAUGCUGUAUUUAAGUGUUCAUGUAAAUAAAUUGGUUUGUUUUGCUAAAGAGAA